AUGUCUUCUACUCUUUCCUCAACCCCUUCUUCUGUCGAAGUUUCGACAACUCAACCUGUUCACCAAAACCUCCCCAGGUUUUCUUCUGAACGUCUUAUUUUUCGACCACUCUUUGAGUCGGAUUUUGAAGCCUAUCACCUCCUCCUGAAGCAACCUGAACCUAUGCGUGGUUACGGCCUUGACGCAAUGCCCGAAACGAAAACAGCUCGACAUUGGUUCAAUCAAUUACAAGACCAAAAAAGAGUCGGAAUCUUUCUCAAAAACUCAAAUGAAAGGGAGGGAGAACUUAUCGGUGAGGGAUUGGUCCUUAAAAUGGACAAGCAAUGGCCUAGAGUCCAUUAUGUGUUCAAAAAGGAGUACUGGGGUCAUGGUUACGCCACAGAGUUCCUGAAGGCAUUUUUGUCCGUUUGGUGGGAUCUGCCCCGUGAAAAUACAAGCAUCCUUGUGGAGGAAAUCUCCCUCGAUAGCCAGGAGAAACAUAAGGCAACUGAGCGAUUGUGUGCUGAAAUUAAGAUGGAUAAUAAAGCAAAUCAAAAGGUGGUGGAAAAGGCAGGGUAUAAGUUUUGUGGAGAAGUAAAAAACCAGGAUAAGGAGAUCUGUGGCUUUUGGCGUAUCAUCUGUCCGAAAAAGGAAGAAACGGUUUCUUGA